CUCUUCCUCCUCCUCCUCCUCCUCCUCCUCCUCGCGCCGGUCCAAUGAGCCCCUGACCCGUCCAAGAUGCCGCUUGAUCUUCGGGCUCGCUUGCUUCGUCAAGUUGGCCGUGGUCUGGCGCUGCCUUGGCCUGCCGGCGCACUGAGGGCUGUGAGCCUCCACAGCCUGGAGGGCAUGAACCUCAGUUUGACUUUAGUUCGGUGCCUUCUUCCAGUGCGUUGCCACCGCUCUCUCCGCUGUCGUCUCCGAUCCGCCGUCUUUGUGAACUUGGCACUUCGCGGGUGAUAUCUCCUACUGAAGUGGAUAUCGAAGUCAUGGCUGAGUUGGCGAUUGCGAGUUCCUCUGGGCCGCCGGCUUCAGUGAUGCACGAGGACGACGCUAUGUCAGACGAGCAGCUUGACUACGUCUUCAAGUCGGCUCCCCCUGGUGGACUGACACCCACUGCUUGGAAUGCUGCUUCGUCUUGGCCUGCGGGACGCUCAACUGACCCAGCACCUCCCCAGCCUCGCGCGCAAAUCGACUGGGAGGUUCUAGAUGUCGCUCAUUGAGGCUCUCUUGAGUGUAGCGCGGAGAUCGGGCGGCACACCUGACGGCAGACCAUCUAUCCUUGCGGAGGACGCAGCUUUUCCUGAUGCUAUUCUUUACGAUGAUGUACCGGUCCCUGGUGGAUUGGCCACCGACGCUGAACAGCCGCCUCGAUCACAUGAAGAUCAAACUGCCCAAGGCGAACCUGUGCUGGAAAACACGGGCCGCUACCCUGCACAGGGCGUUGCUGAACCGUUCCCUUGACUCGAUGAUCCAAUCGACGAAACGGAGACAGAUGAGCGAGCGCACAACGAAGAUGAUCCCCAGUUUGAUGGAUAUGAUGUCGUGUCCAGUGGAGAUCUCGCUGACCUUCUUGCUCAUUCACCUGGAGGUGCUGUGGCUCCGGAUUCCCCUACCGUUGUGGGCGGCCCCAAUGACGUCGCCAAUCUCUUCUGUGAUGGUCAGAUGGGUGCUCAUGAGCCUGUCCAUGCUGGUCAGGCGGAUUUGCCGCCUUCGCCACCUUUCUUCGAACUCGUCGGGGAUGGCGCUGGCUAGCUCGCAGCAGGUCGACCCACUCAACCAAUGCAUGAUGAUGGCCAUGUCGGACGAGGAUGAUGCGACGUCCCCCCUGGAUCCGAUGGACAUGCAUGCUAAGUCGUUUGAGCAGGUCGGCGCGUCGAUCACCGAAUUUUGUCUGCAGCGGCUGCGGAUGAGGAGGCGCAGGACUCGUUCGCAGAGGUGCUCGCGAGCGCCCAGGCUCGUCCACCUGGCCCACGUGUUCGUCUCGGGCAUGGGCGAGUUCAUCCCCUACCCCCGACGGCCUGGCCGCAGCGAUAGGCACCGUCCCCGCGGGCGUCGGCCUCUCGUCGACGACUCUGGCGAUGCGCAGGUCGAGAACGGUCUGCUCUUGACGGGCCCCGCCGCGCGCGGCGCCUAGAGAGGCGUAUGGCGGACUCUCCUCGGGGCGCGGGCUCCUC